CAAGCUUUUAAAACAAAUCUAACUCAAAAUCAGACCACUUCGCUCACUAGCUGUACCCCAAUACUCAAAGGCGAUGUCUCAUCUUACGUGGGGACCAGCAGCUCUGCAAAGCCCAGGAGGCCCAGCGUGUAGAGCGGGCCGUGCUGCUGGAAGCCGUCCAGGGCCUGGAGAUUGAGUUGUCUGUGUGCCAGCAGAGACAGAAGGACCUGCAGGACACUUUCUCCACAGCCCAGAGCCACUGGAGGGCCCAAGAGGAGCGGCUGCACCAUGAAGGUAACAAUGGCACUCGUCUUCAUCUAAAAUGUGUGUUUUAUAAUUUGGUGCAAUGUUUCCCAAUCUGUUUCUUGGCGAAGAUCCUAGAAUUUGCUGCAAAAAGGCCUGUUUCAGCAGUGCGUGUGUAUGUGUGUAUGUGUAGUGUCCUCCCUUACCUGUUUGUUGGGAGACCACAGGCAGAUGACCGACAGUUUGAUUGAGACAGUCAAAACUGAGCAGAAGAAAGCAGCCAAUCAGUUUGCAGAGUGGAGCACGGAAAAUCCGGGCAAACAAGAUGAGAUGGUUGCUGAUGCUGCUGAAGGCAUGGGCUACAAUCAGAGCAGGCCCCGGCUGCAGCGCACCGUGAAGCUCCACUCCGACCUGCACCAGGCCUUAGAGGGCCUCCAGCUGCAGACACCAGCAUCACCCUCCCCAUUAUUAGACCCCACGAGCUCCUACCAGGUCUCUGUCCAGCAGCUUCAGGAGGAGCUUCAGAGAGAGAAGGACCAAGUAUCGAGGCUGGUGGAGCGUCUGGAGAGGGCCGAGCAGAAGUCAGAGGAGCUGAGGCAGCAGCAGGAGCAAGACGCUAAGGAAAGCUGGAACACUGUCCACCAAGAGAUGGAGACCAACCAGGAGAUGGGCGGCAUGGUGGAGCGGAUGAGGGGGAAGGUGCAGGAGUUUAGCACCAUACUGCGAAGCAAGAUAAGCUGGGGUGGAUGGGCUGGGAUGAAGGAUGAGGAGGAAGAAGAAGAGAAGAGGAAGCCUGCAAACGCCCUUAACUCAGAGUGCGUAAACCAGUGUCAGGCAAUGCACCCAGAUCCACAAAUACUAAAACAGGCCCAAAGGAACCCAGCACUAGAACCAGAGAAGGGAGCCCAGGACCAGCACUCCUGCCUAGAGACGUUGCUGUGGAGGUGGCAGAAGACGCUGGGUGGACAGAGGGACAUUGUGAAGAGGCUGAAGGCCGACAUGAAGAGGGAGACAGUGAGCAUGCAGGUGAUGGCUGCCGGCCUCUUGAACAACAGACAGCACAGCCUGGACACAUGCCAAGUUCAAGCCCUUGAAGAGCACCUGGAGAUCUGGAGGCGGAGGCAGAGAGAGAUGAAAAUGCAGCUAUCUGAGAUGCAGGCCCAGUUUGACGUGGAGCGGAACCGCUCUGCCGAGUUCCUGAAAGAGAAUGACAAGCUGAGUAGACUGCUUUGCACGGUGGAGUCCUCGGUGGCUGACCUGCAGCCCCUGCUCACCUACCACCAAGUCCUAAUAGAGGACGCCAUGAAGGACAACUCUAUCCAGCAUGGCCGCCACAGGAGCAAGAUGUAAAAAUAACUCUCAAAGACCGAUGAAUAAAAGUUGACAAUAUAAUUUGCUUCUGUGUUUGCUUACUGUUUCAAUUGGCCUCUAAAAGAUAAUGUAUGAUGUAAUUAUAACUCUUUCAUAUAAAUUUCUGCCCUUUAUAUGUCCCUAAGUCAACAUAAAUUGAUUGUUCUUUAUCUUUACAAUAAGAGCUACAAUUAUCUACUAGACAAUACUGAGCACCUACGUUGUCUGGGAUUCAAAUGUCCCUUUAUUUUGAAGGUAAACACAGAUACAGCAAACAGCUGCCGCUCUUACUUACAGAUGUUACGUCUCUAAUUACCAUUUUAUCAGAACAGUAGGGCAUAACUUCUGAAGUUAAUUGAGAAGCAUUAUAAAACAUUUGCAUAACCAAUAAAACAAAAAUCCAAAAUGUAGACAUUUCCAUUUGCAAUAAAAUUGUAAAACUCAACUUCGUAUGAGUUUAUAUUUGAAAGUUGUAUUUUAAGUUGUGCAUGCUGCAAACAGAUGUAAUACCUGAAAGUAGUUAUGUAACAAUAUAUGUACCUACGCUGUAAUUACAUAACCCUUUUUACAAUGUGUAAUAAUGCCUAAGUGUUGCUGCUAAAAUGGCUAUUCAACAUAGUAGUCCUUUCACCUAUCCACUAAGGUACUGGCAACAAAGAUGGGAAGCUAUUCAAUAUUAUGUUCUUUAUUCUGUAAACCAGAGCAAACAGGGUCUAAUUAAAAAAGUGCUGUGAGACAUUGCCAUAUCAGCAGUUCAUCAGCACAGAAAGCUGAUACAUAUUUACAUAAUCUAGCUUUAAAAAAAAUAAUAUACUCUUUUUAAUCAUCUCACUCAUUUUCAGAUUGUUUGUUUUGAGUAACAUGUUUUGAGUCCUGAAAUCACCUGGGUAAUAUUACUUCACAUGCAACUAUCUGAGCCACAGGCAAAGGCUGCCUAUUGUCGUCCUGGGGGAAACUCUGUAUUUCAAAAAAGUACUUUUUUAUGAACAACGCUUUAUUCUAUUAAUGGGAAGGCAUUUUGUGUGACUUGUAUUAGACCUAGAGUCAUGAAACCUUCACAACUUCAGUUUAAUUUAUCUGUAUUUUUUGUAAUUAUUUUACUGCUCUAGGUUAUUGUUUCUUGGAUAACCUUAUCUACUAUUAUGUAUUGAUUUAUUUUUCAUUCACUCUGUAAAACACAGGAGGAAUUGUCACUAAAUUAUCACUGUGAAUCAUUGUAAUGUUUAUGUAUCAAUUAAUCCCGUAAGGGAUGGGUUGCCAACUGGCAAUUUGACACAAAAAUAAAAUGUAAUCCAUUCACUGAA